CUCAGCUCAGCUCAGUCGGUAGCAGUAAUUCGAUCGGAUCGGUUGUGACCCGAUCUUCGGCCCGUCGGUUUCCUCGUUGACAAAACGUGCGCGCGUCGCGCACUCUUCAAAGGGACCUCUUGAAUUGCUCCGGCUUGCAUCAAUUGAUUAGCUUCCAUUAUCAGUAACGUACGCGCGAUAUGAAAACAUAAAACCUGAUCACCGUAGCAUCAGAACGCAGAGUAGAGUGUGAAGAGAGUUCAAGUGAUCGCGAUCGCGAUGCUGUCCUUGACGGUUCUUUGGCUUUCCGCGAUCGCCCUGGGCGUCGAUGGACACCAACGGUCACGGUAUUCCGUUGAGGAGCUGUUGCAUACCACGUUUCCAACGGCGAUCUCCGGCGACAUCGACAUGGAUCCGUGCAAGUCGGGUGGGUUCAUGGGAGAUAUUGCCCUGCCUAACGUCAACUACGAGAGUGAAUUCCACAAGCAACGGCUUCGGCGUGAGGAGGAAGAUCUGCUGCGGCAAUCUGCAGUGACACCUGUUGCAGCGCGCGAGGAUCCUCUGGAACAGGAGGGUGGUGUGGAGAAGUCGAACGGUUCGCCAAGUGGCGAUACAAAGAAAAGUGAUGAAUCGAGAAAACGCCAUCAUAAACAUCGCCUACAGCAGCACAAUCAGAACAAAACAAGCGUCAAGACGAGGAGGAGACCUACUUUCAGGAAACGUGUAACUCCGCCCAAAGUUCGUCGACGACGGAAGGAUCGUCCCCAUCAUAGAUCGACGCGGGCUGCAACGGAAAAAGAACGCAUCUGGGACUUUGGCGUGAUUCCGUACGAGAUCGAUGGAAACUUCAGUGGGUUGCAUCGUGCGUUGUUCAAACAGGCUAUGCGACACUGGGAAAACUACACGUGCAUCAAGUUCGUUGAGCGCGAUCCUGAACACCCGAACUUUAUCGUGUUCACCGAACGUCCCUGCGGUUGUUGUUCGUUCGUUGGCAAACGAGGAAAUGGCCCACAGGCGAUCUCCAUCGGGAAGAAUUGCGACAAGUUUGGGAUCGUGGUGCACGAGCUUGGUCACGUGGUCGGAUUUUGGCACGAACACACACGACCCGAUCGUGAGGAUCACGUCGUGAUCGAGAAGAACAACAUUAUGGUCGGUCAGGAGUACAAUUUCAACAAGCUCUCCGAAGACGAGGUCAACUCGCUGGGUCAACCGUACGACUACUUUUCGAUCAUGCACUACGCCAGGAAUACCUUCUCGAAGGGCUCCUAUUUGGACACGAUCCUCCCGGUGGAGAUCGUGGGUCAAAAGCGACCCGAAAUUGGUCAACGGCUGCGUCUCAGCGAAGGUGACAUCACUCAAACUAACCUCCUUUACAAGUGCGCCAGAUGUGGACGCACCUUCCAAGAUCACUCUGGAUCGUUCCACUCUCCAAGUUAUUUCUCCAAAACGCCAGCCGUUGAUGCGGAACGCUGUGAGUGGCGCAUAACGGCAACCCACGGCGAGAAGAUCGUGCUGAACAUCACCGAUCUCGACAUUUUCAAGUCGGACAACUGUCGGACGGAUUUCCUGGAGAUCCGUGACGGCUACUGGUACAAAUCUCCACUGCUCGGCAGGUUUUGUGGUUCACGUCGCAACAGUAACAUCGUGUCCUCCACGGGAUCCCGCAUGCUGCUCUCUUUCAUAACCAGCUAUCGACAGGCAGGAAUGCGUGGGUUUGCCGCACAUUACGAAGCGAUCUGCGGUGGGGACAUCAACCUGGAGAACGGCGGUAGAUUAGAGUCUCCCAACUACCCGGCGGAUUACCUCCCGAACAAGGAGUGCGUUUGGAGGAUCACAGUGCCGAAGGACUACCAGGUGGCGCUCAGGUUCCAGUCGUUUGAUGUGGAGAACCACGACAACUGUGCGUACGACUACGUCGAGGUACGGGACAGGGACUCCCCAGAUGCGCGCGAAAUUGGAACGUUCUGUGGGUACAAAAUUCCACCGGAUGUGCGAUCAACGUCGAACAAGAUGUACGUCAAGUUCGUCUCGGAUCCAUCCGUCCAGAAGGCGGGAUUCUUGGCGACUUUGGUCAAGGAGGUAGACGAAUGCGAACGCAACGAUCACAGCUGCGAUCACGACUGUAUCAACACGAUGGGAGGAUACGAGUGCGGGUGCAUCGCCGGGUUUGAACUGCACAGUGAUCGCAAGUCCUGUGAAAAGGCUUGCGGUGGGGUGUUGACGCAAAAGACGGGAUCGAUCCUAUCACCGUCAUUCCCACGUGAGUACCCGAUGAUGAAGGACUGUGCGUGGGAGAUCGUCGCAUCACCCCAGCACAAGAUCACGCUGAACUUUACCCACUUUGAUCUGGAGGGAAACACGUUCUACCAGUCGUCGGAGUGUGACUACGAUGCCGUUACGGUGUACUCGAAAAUCGGCGAUGAAUCGUUGAAGCGCCAUGGGACGUUCUGCGGGUCGAAAAUACCACCGUCGAUCACGUCCGAUAGUAAUGUGAUGCGGGUUGAGUUCAGGUCGGACAAAACGGUGCAGAAGACCGGCUUCGCUGCGGUUUACUUUGCGGACGUUGAUGAAUGCGCUGUUAAUAACGGAGGUUGUCAGCACGAGUGCAAGAAUACGGUGGGAUCUUUUGUUUGUCUCUGCCGAAAUGGGUACAUGCUACACGAGAAUGGUCACGACUGCAAGGAAGGAGGUUGCAAGCAUGAAAUCACCUCGGCAAACGGUCAGAUUUACAGCCCAAACUACCCGGACAACUACCCUGCGAAGAAGGACUGCAUCUGGCACUUUAGCACCGCCCCAGGUCAUCGUAUCCGGUUAGUCUUCAACGUGUUCGACGUAGAACUUCACCAGGAGUGUGCGUACGAUCACAUCGCCCUGUACGACGGUAGUUCCCAAGACUCCCACACCCUGGGUCGUUUCUGCGGCGCCAAAACACCUCACCCAAUCUCCUCAACCACCAACGAGCUGUACAUGGUGUUCAACACGGACACCAGCGUGCAACGGAAGGGCUUCCUCGCAAGUCACACGACCUCGUGCGGCGGUCGCCUCCGGGCAACGUCCGAAAUCAACCACAUCUACUCGCACGUGGCCUACGGCGUCGGAGUCUACGACAACGGAGCCGACUGCGAGUGGACGAUCGAGGCCCUGCCCGGCCGGAAGGUCCAACUCGCCUUCCUGACCUUCGACCUGGAAGAGGAAAAGCAGUGUUCGUACGACUUUGUCGAAAUUUCCAGCGGGUACGACGACACCAGUGGUCAACAGCACGGCAAGUACUGCGGCAACAGCAUGCCCCCGGAGAUCAUCUCGAUGAGCGAGGUCGUCGUAAUUCGGUUCGGCUCCGACGAUACCGUCGGGUUCAAGGGCUUCUCCGCGUCGUACGUGGCCGUCAGUCCGUUCGACGACGAAGAACUCGCCACCGACGAGCUGCUGGGGUCGGAGAGCACCGAACUGGGAUCGCCCUUUCCGGGGUCACUGAAAACGAUGUUCAUCAGCGGUGGCCAUUACCACGGUGAGGAAGACGAAGACGGGGGCGAUUACUCCGUAGCAUCGUCAGCAGCAGCAUCCUCAUCAUCAUCAGCGCGGAGUAAAGUGCAGCUGAGUGUACGCAAUGAGAUUAGCUCCGAUCAGCAGCAGAAGCCGGAGCAACGUGGUGAUUGAGGAAGGAAAAAAAGGUUGAGUUGGUUAAAUUGAGUUAACCGUUUAUUCAUUUGAGAUAAUGUAAAUGACGAAAUGCAAUUGUUUAGUUCAAUCAUCUGUGAAUCUGUGCAUGUGGAACGAAGCAGUGACAAUGAUCUAGUUCCUAGGUUGUUCCAAGUAGAUUACGGUUUUGUUUAACUGUGUAACAUAUGUUUCGUGUUUUAUUCUUUUUUUUAUGUAUCAUUAGGACCAAGCAAUGGAAUAGACUGAAUUAGGUGUAAAUAAAAUAGGUUACAAUACAA